AUGGUUUGUUUGACGCUUUUGUUCUGGACGCAUCAAGAUCGCUUCGCUGGAGUAAGGCGAGACUUUGAAUGGCUGUUGAUGGCCUUUGCGGCACCAGGAGGAGGCAUCCUCUGCCUCGAACUGCUCCGCCCAACAUUCCGCGGCACCCACCCCGACUGUCCCAAACUCAGCCGCUCGGCAAUAAUACAAAAGCUCAGUCUUCUCAUCGGUUUCCUCGACUGGGUUCGACCGCCGGCUCCCAACGCAGAUCUAUGCGCCGACUGCAAAGCUGUUUUGCAAGGUGUGCUGGACCAUAACCUCAACGCCCCCAUCGCAGGCGGUGGAGCGCUGGAUACGCUGGAUUGGGAUAUUCCAACGCAGUUGGACUUUAAUUUUGAUCUUUUGGAUACGUUUGAUUGGUUGAGGCCUGAAGUACUAAACAUGCCUGCUUGA